AUGAAAGUUGCCGAUAAGGUUACCAGUGUUGGUCGCGGAGAAUAUAAGUUCAGCAAGCUUCCUCAGCAUGGCAAUAUCAUUGCAGAGUACAUCUGGAUAGGAGGCAGAGGCCUUGACAUCCGCUCUAAAAGCAGGACUCUUGAAAUCCCUAAGGUCAACUCAUUAGACGAUCUCCCAGACUGGAAUUACGAUGGUUCUUCUACUUUCCAAGCUGAUGGUCAUGACAGUGAAAUCCUUCUCAGGCCAAGAGUAUUUUUCCCAGAUCCUUUCAGAUUAGGAAACAACGUUUUAGUACUGUGUGAUACGUGGAAGCCAGACGGAAGCCCUACUAACACCAAUUUCCGCACAGACUGCUUAAAAGUGAUGACCUCAGUAGCUGAUGAAGAGCCUUGGUUUGGGUUUGAACAGGAAUACGUCCUUUACCGUAAUGAUUGUUACCCUCAUAGACCUCUAGGGUUCCCUGACGGCGGCUAUCCAGCACCACAAGGGCCUUAUUAUUGCAGCGUUGGUGGAGGUUGUGCAUUUGGAAGACAAAUAAUGGAAGCUCACUAUAGGUGUUGCUUGUACUCAGGAAUCAAAAUUUCUGGCACAAAUAGUGAAGUGUUCCCUGGACAAUGGGAAUUCCAGAUAGGUCCACUAACUGGAAUUGACCUUGGUGACCACGUCUGGAUGGCGCGAUACCUAUUAUUAAGAGUUGCAGAGCAUUUCGGGACUUCCGUCAACUGGGAAUGCAAACCGGUUAUCGGGGAAUGGAACGGAUCUGGCUGCCAUGCUAAUUUUUCAACCAAAUCUACUAGAGCUGAAGGAGGAAUGGAUGUGAUUCAUAGAUACAUCGAAAAAUUAAGAGAAAAGCACUCAUACUGCAUUGACGGAUAUGGAAAAGACAACGCAAAAAGACUAUCAGGGACCUGCGAGACCUCAAAUAUCAACACUUUCAGCUUUGGAGUUGCUGACCGUGGAGCAUCUAUCAGAAUACCAAGAGCUACUGCAUCUAGUGGCAGAGGUUAUCUUGAAGACAGAAGACCAGCUUCUAACUCAGACCCAUAUGUAGUUUCUGCAUUAUUGGCUGACGUUGCCAUUCUUGAUGGAGCUGGCACUCAGGAGCUUCAUGAUAGAUACAUGGCUUUCCUUAAUUCAGUUCGCCCAAUAAUCAUUUAA